AUGAAACCAAUUAUUCAGACUAUCAGGUUUUGUGGAAGACAGCCAAUAGGUUUACAAGGACAUGAGAAUUGGGGGCGUAUAACGAUGGAUGAACCGAACAAAAAUGAUGGUAAUUUUCGUAGUCUUUUACGGUACUGUGCCAAUAGUGGUGAUGUUAUUUUAAAAGAAUAUCUUGAGACUUCAUAUUCCAGAGAAUUAUAUACCAGUCCUAUAAUAUAAAAUUAAAUAAUUACAAUAUUUGGAGAACUUAUUUAAUCUCACUUAGCAAAUGAAAUUUCCAAAGCAGAAUUUUCUACAGUUCUUGCAGAUUAAACUACAAACAUUGCUCAGAUAGAACAGUUUUUUUUAUGUAUAAGAUAUUUCGAUGAAACCCUAAUAAAAAUCAGGGAAGAUUAACUUACAUUUGAUCCAGUUAAGGAUGUUACUGGUUUAGGGCUGGUUACUACAUUACAAAAUGCAUUAGAAAAACUUAGCUUUAAUCUAGAUAAAUUACGCGGGCAAGGAUACGAUGGUGCUGCAGCGAUGAGGGGUAGCUUUCGUGGAGUUCAAGUUAUUAUUAAAGAAAAAUACCCAAAAGCAUUGUAUACCCAUUGCGUUUCUUAUUGGCUGAAUCUUUGUUUAUCAGAUGCAACAAAAAUAUAAGAUAUUAGACAUGUUUUUGGGGUGAUAUUUGAUUGUUGCUCAUUUUUUAAUUGCUUAGCUAAGUGAACUACUAUUUUAAAAACAAAAUUUUGGAAAUAAAACCAAAUGUUCAGGUUACAAAGUUAGAAUCACUGUGUGAAACAAGAUGGGAUUUACGUCAUGAAUUGGUUUUGAUUUUUAAAGAAUUUUUAGAGUCCACUGUUGCUGCAUUGGAACAAUUACAAACUGAAGGUGCACGCGGAACUGACUUAACUAGAACUAACGGUAUGUUAAACUGCAUAUAUAAUUUUAAUUUUAUUGUAGCAGUCAAUAUUUCUAGUAAGUUAUUAAGAUAUACAUAUAAUUUGUCACAAUAAUUACAAAAGUCAAAUUUAGAUUUAUCUGCAGUUCAUAAACCAAUAGAAACGAUAACAUUAACAUUUCAAAAAAUGAGAGAAAAUUGUUCAGAUGUAUUUGGUGAUAUUUACAAUGAAUCAAAAGCGAUUGCAACAUUAUUAAAUGCCGAUGAACAAAAAAUCACACUUAUGUGUUAAUCAAAGAAAUCGUUCAAAUAUUCCACAUUUUUCUACUGAAGAAUACUAUGAAAACUAUUUUUAUCUUCUACUUGGAUGAUUUAAUAUCAUCUUUUAAUCGUUUUAUGCCUUAAAGAGAAACUAUUAUUUCGUUUCAGUAUAUUUUACAUUUUUUUUUUUAUAUAAAUAAAUCAUUUUUAUUUAUUCAUAAAGCAGUUGAUUUUUAUAUGGAUGAUUGGCCAGGUUAUAAAGAUUCAGUUGAGGCGAGUACGAUUUAUGGAUCAGUAGAACCAUCAUCAAGACCUUCCACCUCCACAGAAUUUUUUGUGAUGAAACAUUAUAUCCUAAUCUCUACCAACUGCUGA